AUUGUGAUGGGAUGUGUGACAACCACUACUUUUUCAGUGAAGGUAAAUGGUGAAGGGUGUGGGAAUCUUGAAGGGAGGAGAUGGUUGAGACAAGGUGAUCCCAUCUCACCUUUACUUUUUUUCAUGGUGAUGGAAUAUUUCUCUAGGCUAAUGUCAAGUAUGAGACAGAUCCCUGAUUUCAGGUAUCACCCUUUGUGUAAAUAUUUGAAGCUGACUCAUCUUACCAACUUUGUUGAUGAUCUAAUGAUCUUUUGCAAAGGAAGUGAACAGGCGGUAACCAGAACUAUGGAGGCUAUUAUAUGUUUCUUGGACACUAAACGGUUGAUAGCUAAUAAUGAGAAGUCCAAUAUGUUUAUUGCAGGGAUUAAAGAUGAAGUUAAGAGGAAGCUGUACCUUGGACUUCCAUUGUCACACAAAAAAUGGAACAAGCUUGAUUGCCACCAGCUAAGUGUGAGAAUUAUAGAAAAGAUUAGAGCUACAUCAGCCAGGCAUUUAUCCUAUGCUGGACGAUUACAAGUGGUGAAUUCUGUGUUGUUUUCUCUGCAAAACUUCUGGAGCUCAGUGUUCUUGUUGCCUCAAAUGCAGGAAAGGCUACUCACAAGGGAAAGAUUAGCAAGAUUGGGACAGCACUGUGAGGAUGACAAGUGUGUGUUCUAUUAUAAGCAGGUGAUCGAGAGUGCUAGGUACUUGUUUGUAGAAUUUGACUGGUCCAAAGAGGUAUGGCAUGGUCUCGCCGGAUGGCUUGGAAUUACGGUCAACCUGGAAGAUGUGCAAAUGACUAUGUAUAUAUUAAGUAAG